UGAAAUCGCUGAGCGCGAUGCCUGAGGGCGCUGCGAGCCGGGCGGCCCUCGCGCCCGGGGGCUGGUCAGUGAGAGGGCAUACUGGAAGGGCCUGUGGAGUGGGCAAGCUUUGCCGCUGUUGAGGCAAGUCCCAGGAUUGGGCCAGGAGUUGUCCCAGGGGCUCCUCAUCAUGAUGGCUGUGGAGGGGUCAACCAUUACCAGCCGGAUCAAGAACCUUCUGCGAUCUCCGUCCAUCAAAUUACGCAGGAGUAAGGCAGGAAACCGGCGAGAGGACCUCAGCUCCAAGGUGACCUUGGAGAAGGUGCUUGGAAUUACAGUGUCUGGAGGCAGAGGACUUGCCUGUGACCCCCGAUCAGGUUUAGUUGCCUAUCCAGCUGGGUGUGUGGUCGUGCUGUUCAAUCCCCGGAAACACAAACAGCACCACAUCCUUAACAGUUCCAGGAAAACCAUCACUGCCCUUGCCUUCUCUCCUGAUGGCAAGUACUUGGUCACUGGAGAGAGUGGGCACAUGCCUGCCGUGCGCGUUUGGGAUGUGGCAGAGCACAGCCAGGUGGCUGAGCUGCAGGAGCACAAGUAUGGCGUGGCUUGUGUGGCCUUCUCCCCGAGCGCCAAGUACAUCGUCUCUGUGGGCUACCAGCAUGACAUGAUCGUCAACGUCUGGGCCUGGAAGAAAAACGUCGUGGUGGCCUCCAAUAAGGUGUCCAGUCGGGUCACCGCGGUGUCCUUCUCUGAAGAUUGCAGCUACUUUGUCACUGCUGGUAACCGGCAUAUCAAAUUCUGGUACCUUGAUGACAGCAAGACCUCAAAGGUUAACGCCACUGUGCCCCUGCUGGGCCGCUCAGGGCUGCUGGGCGAGCUGCGGAACAACCUGUUCACUGACGUGGCCUGUGGCAGAGGGAAGAAGGCAGACAGCACCUUCUGCAUCACGUCCUCAGGGCUGCUGUGCGAGUUCAGUGACCGGAGGCUUCUGGACAAGUGGGUGGAGCUGAGAAACACAGACAGCUUCACAACCACCGUGGCCCACUGCAUCUCCGUGAGCCAGGACUACAUCUUCUGUGGCUGCGCUGAUGGCACCGUGCGCCUCUUCAACCCCUCCAACCUGCACUUCCUCAGCACCCUGCCCCGGCCCCACGCCCUGGGGACAGACAUCGCCAGUGUCACGGAGGCCAGUCGCCUCUUCUCUGGAGCAGCCAAUGCCAGAUAUCCAGACACUAUCGCCUUGACCUUCGAUCCUACUAAUCAGUGGCUGUCUUGUGUGUACAACGACCACAGCAUUUAUGUUUGGGAUGUGAGGGACCCCAAGAAAGUGGGCAAGGUGUAUUCGGCUCUGUAUCAUUCUUCCUGCGUCUGGAGUGUGGAGGUCUACCCUGAAGUGAAGGACAGUAACCAGGCCUGCCUGCCCCCCAGUUCCUUUAUCACCUGUUCCUCCGACAACACCAUCCGCCUGUGGAACACAGAGAGCUCCGGGGUGCAUGGCUCCACGCUGCACCGGAACAUCCUCAGCAAUGACCUCAUUAAGAUCAUCUAUGUGGAUGGGAACACUCAGGCCCUGCUGGACACUGAGCUGCCCGGGGGAGACAAAGCUGAUGGGUCCCUGAUGGAUCCCCGCGUGGGCAUUCGUUCUGUGUGUAUCAGCCCCAAUGGACAGCAUCUCGCUUCAGGGGACCGUGUGGGCACUCUCAGGGUGCAUGAACUGCAGUCCCUAAAUGAGAUGCUGAAGGUGGAGGCCCAUGACUCGGAAAUCCUGUGCCUGGAGUACUCUAAGCCAAAUACAGGUCUGAAGCUCCUAGCGUCAGCAAGCCGGGACCGGCUGAUCCACGUGUUGGAUGCUGGACGGGAGUACAGCCUACAGCAGACACUGGACGAGCAUUCAUCCUCCAUCACUGCUGUGAAGUUUGCAGGUAGUGGCAGGGCAAUUGGGAUACAUUCUGCCACCUACCACUGA